UUAAUUUAUAUGCGAUGAAGCCCUUAACUGAAUUUCAGUUGCGCACGUCUUCAAGUCUACAAUAAUACUCAUUGAUAACACAAGCACGCCGCGAACUUCAACAUGUGACAAACUUACUUCCUCAAAUAAAAAGCAAAUAAAAAAAACACCUUAUCCCAAUCGCGUAAAAUUCAAAUUGGCGUAAUUCUACAAUACUCAAAAGUUGAUUGCAAGAUGUUACGAGAUCGUUCUCGGCGAUGCUACGAAAAGGCUUGUGUGUGGUCGAGACGAUACUGUAGUUAUGUCUUUUGGGUUGUAGAACGGAGCUGAUGCAGGGCGCGUGCGCUGUUUAUACUGCAGCUUGCCGGCGAACCUGAAGCAGGCCGUUCCGGUUCGCAGUCGAUAGCCAGUUCCCGAACGGGGUUGUCGCGCCUACAUUUUACCCCCUGUCGCGUAGUACGAGUACGAUCUCGAUUUGUUUCAACAAUUUUUCCUAGACUAUUAUCGUUUCGUGGUGAGUGUUAGACAUCUCAAGCGGUUGAAUGCGGAAUUUACCUAAAUGUGCAAGUCCCGAAAUGUGACACUCCGUAUGCGAACACUGAAGAUGAAGCGGCGGGCUCUGCCCACGGUCCGGGAGGAGCCGCCGCGCCUCAACAGCGACCUGGUCUUAUAUGGCAUUGUCACUGCCGCCGCAGUCCUCAGUUACUUCAACAGCUUUAAUGGCGAAUUCGUGCAUGACGACAUCCCCGCGAUCGUGACGAACCCAGACGUGAUUGGGACGAAUUCGCUGCGACAAGUGUUCGACAAUGACUUCUGGGGUACGCCGAUGAGCGAUGUCAACAGUCAUAAGAGUUACAGGCCUCUGACUUCGCUGUCGUUCAGACUUAACCAUGCGUUCUCCGGCCUCAAGCCGUGGUGGUAUCACGUUAGUAACGUAGUGCUGCACGCGAUCUGUUGCGCGUUAGUCGCGAGCGCAUGCACAUCAGUCGCGCGACUGCAACGCCCGUUUGCGUUGCUUGCGGCGCUACUGUUCGCUGUGCAUCCUGUGCACACUGAAGCGGUGGCUGGUGUCGUGGGCAGGGCCGACGUGUUAGCAUGCAUACUCUUCCUUGCGUCGCUUCUACUCUAUCACAGACCAUCGAAGAACAAGAAAUGCGUAUGGCUAAGCAUAAUGCUUGGGGCGCUAAGUAUGCUGGCCAAGGAAACCGGACUCACCAUCCUUCUGAUUAACCUGGUGUUCGACUUCUACAAGUGUUGGCCGUUUAUGAAGAAAUCACUAAGUUCCCUGGAGAUGGGGAAAUGCACGAGGCUGACAAUGCGAACAUUGAAGGUGAUGUUGUCGACGGCACUGCUGGUUUCCUUUCGGCUGUCGUUGCUGCAUGGAGCGCUGCCUGCAUUCUCCAACCAGGACAACCCGGCGGCGUUUCAUCCCAGCUUCUUUGUUAGGCUCAUGACAUUCUGCUACCUGGCCGCUUUCAACUGGUGGCUGCUGCUGUGUCCCUGGACCCUGAGCCAUGACUGGCAGAUGAGUUCCGUGCCCAUCAUCACCAGCGCCUGGGACCCGCGCAACCUGCUCACCUGCGCCGCCUUAGGCGCCAUGCUGUUGUUGAGCUAUCGGUGUAUAGCGGAUAUGCAGGUCCAGAGGCAUACACCAGCCGUGAUAGGACUGCUGAUUCUGGUGAUACCUUUCGUGCCAGCCAGCAACAUGCUCGUCACUGUCGGAUUUGUUAUUGCUGAGCGAGUAUUGUACAUUCCAAGUGUUGGAAGCGUGAUCGUAACAGCUUACGGUGCCCAGCUCAUGUGGUGCUCGAAACCAGGAGCGAAGGCGUUCCUAGCGGUGGGCUUCGCUGUGUUAGCUGCCAGCAGUGUAGCGAAAACUUACAGGCGAAACGCAGACUGGCGGGACCGAGCUACGCUGUUGAGGGCUGAUUUGGCGACUUUGCCGCAAAACGCCAAGCUGCACUACAACUUCGGCAACGUUCUCAGAGAGACUGAGCAGUACGAUGCGGCUAUCCAACAUUACAAAGAAGCUAUCAGGCUUUGGCCAACCUACGCGAGCGCUCACAACAACAUUGGCACAAUCUUGAGCAACGUCGACAACGCUGAACAUCACUUUCUCCAAGCGAUCAAGUACAAUUGGCGACAUGUGAACGCACACUAUAACCUUGCAAAGCUAUAUAAGAAAAGCGGCCACACGGAUUUGGCUAUCAGAAUGCUCGAGAAGUGCAACUGGCUUCAGCCUCGCUUUAUCCUGGCCCACUUGGAACUCCUGACAGUGAAACCAGAGGCAGAGCACCCUGCCAUUAUGUACCGGGUCCUCCAGUUAGAGCCCGAGAAUUGGGAACAUUACGUGAUGUAUGGACGGUGGUUAAGAAACAAAGGAAUUCCUUUAGUGGCUUCUAAAUUAUUUAUUGAAGCGGCGCGUCUUAGCUUCAAGCAAUGCGCCGUCGCACGCGCAGUUAAAAGUGACCUGGUAUCGGUGCGGCAUGCAGCGCUUAUGUACCGCUCGUUGGGACAAAAGUGGAGGAUCCUGCAGUUAUUGACAAGAUGGCAUACCUGGCAUCGUGGUCGGUAUGACGCAGCAGCUACUCAUAUGUAUCUGCGAGACUGGCGACUCAAGAUGGACCUACAAGCACGAAUAAAAAUAUAUUCCGAAGCUGUUAACCCUACUAAAUCAACAACAUGUUUCGACCAUAAGCAACUUUCAGUUGAAGCGACUCAAUCAAAUGAUGAUAGAAAUCAAAAUAAAGAUGAACUAGUGAAAAAUAAUAAAAACAAACAAUCCAACCACGAAAGUGUAGUUAAUGAUACAGAGAUUGACAAUAAGGAAAAUAAUGUGUGUGUUUACAAAACGCGUGGGACCAAAACACAGAAUAUUUCAAUACCAUCACAAUUAAAGACUAUCCAUAACAAAUCGGAGACAGGACUCAAAGCUAAAACGUGUUCUAAUAAUAGAAAAGAAAAAAAAGUUACUAAAACUAAUGUGAUACCUAGUGUAGAUGGACCUCUGGAACAUGUAAUGAUAAAAAUGGCUUAGAUUUGAGAUUGAAGAAUUGCUUUUAAAUGCAAGAAAAACAAGAGAAUUGUGACUGUUGUAUAAAGAUGUGGUUCCCAAUAUGUGUGCUAUUGGGAAGUAAAUAAAAUUAAUAUUAACUUAAUAAUGUAUCAGCUGUGCAGGCAACAACAUAAUUAUAUAGUAACUUAAUCCCGAUAAACAUAAUGUUUGGGUUAAGUUAUCACAUUUAUUAAAUGCUUAGUUUACUUUUUUAACAAGCCGGAAUAUCCUUGUUAUUAUUUUUAACUUAAUUGUAUGUUUUAUUACUGUAGAAAAAACAUUAUCCUGAUUCUAAUUUUAUGUGAAGCCUCUCAUCGUUGUUACUGACAGUUGCUGUCACUGUCUCGUGUUUCCAAGGUUGGUAAAACGACAAUAUGGCUAAGGUAAAUGUUAAGACAUAAAUUGAUCUCAGAAAUUUCAUUAUCAUUAUCAUUUUUUAUAAACUGGAUUCAAAUGAUUAAUGUCUAACUCUAAUAAAUUUAGAUAAAUGUCAUUGCUUACAUCUAUUCUCUUAAAUGAAUGUCUCAACUGAUUAUUUUAAAUGAAAAUUGUUCGCAAAAAUUAAACUAUUGAAAUUUCUUAGAUCGAUUUCUCUAGAUAGAAAAAUAAUUAAUUUAGGAACUACUUAAGCAAAUUAAGGGAAAAAUAUUUUUGUGAAAUUUGGGUGGGGCGUUUUUAUAAUUAUUCAGUCAAACUAGCUUAAGAAUCUUUGGGUAUUGGCAUAAAACAAAAAGGAAAUUAAACUUUCUAGCAUAAUAAGGACGGAGGCUUUUGUGAAGUAUAUUUAAAUUGAUUAAUUACAUCUACAGCUUAUUAUUUUAGUAAAAACACAAUUACUUACACAAUAUAUCAGCCAAAAUUACUUAAAAUUUCCCUAAAAAAUAAAUAUUUCUUCAAUCAUUUUAUUUUCGACAGUACUUGCAUUAAAUAACUUGCAUUAACCCAGCAAAUAACAUUACAAUAUUACAUUUAGAUUUCAGAAGUAUUUAGUCACAAGUUUCUAAUAGUUUCACUGAUACAUUUAAAUACAUAUUUUAAAGUCAGUUUUGACAUUUACAAAAUUACAUAUCCCUGAUGGAAGUAGAUAUAUGUCUGAUUGUUACAGUGUUUACAUAUAUAGCAAUCAACUAACAUUGACAAAUUCUAAUAUUCCUCACAAAGGUAUCUAUAGGUCCUUACUUAUCCAUCUAAAUAUUGCAAAAGCAAUUUGAUUAUUAGUUAUCCAAUAAAGUUCAUUUUUUGAGGUCUAUGACAAUUAUCAGAUUUAGGGACAAGACUAAUUUAAAAACACAUUUAAAAAUUGGUAACAUUUUUUUACUAUUAAUUGCAUAUAAAAUGGCCGGUCGAUUCGGUUGAAGAACGAUAGAUAUUGUCAAACGCUAUAUAUAUGUACAAUGUAGUGCAUAAUUGUCUGCCAUCGUGUUUUCUCGGAAACGUUCGUAUUUGUCAUGCUGCUUCAGUCAACCUCAGUACUUAUCGUACGGAGACUGACUGAAAUAGCAUAAAACGUUCGUGCGUUUCCGUGAAAAUACAAUGGCAAACAAUUAUGCACUACAUCUGUACAUCUGUUCCACUACUAUAUGUAAGGCACAUUUUUACACAAUGGGAUCUCAAAAUGUAUUAAAUUAUAUGUUAAUUUUAAUAUAGAUACAUAUUUUUGAAUGUCAGGACUACAGAAUGUUCGAUGUGUUACUAGCGUGAAAUGAAUUGUCAUUUCAAAGACCCUUUUACAUCCGAAAAUUUGUAAAGGAAGUUAUUAUGUUGAGUAUUUUUAUGUAUGCUUAAGAAAUGACAACCGCAGUUAUAACUAUAGUGUUAUCUCAUAAUUUUAUAAGCAUUGUGGUAACAAUAAAAAUAUACGUAAUUGUAUUAAUGUUUCUACACAUACCUGCAUUAUCGCUAUCUUUGGCAUUGGAAGAGCUAUGUAUACAUAGUAUGUACAUGCAUAUAUAUAUAUAUCUCAACGUAUUGUCACUGUGAGGCCAUAUUUUGAAGUAUUACAUAAUAAUAUUACAGUCUAUAAUCUGUCAGCCUAGUCAUUGGUCAAUUUGAAACCUUAUAGGUACGAGUACAUAAAGCACCUCUUCUCAACUUUUUGCAUCACAAAAAAUCAGCCUGAAGGCAAGUUACCAAGCUGUCGAAUUGAUCCAAGUGUUAUAUGUUAUAUGUAUUAUACCGACUUACCUUGACUACGAGAACCUACUGGUAGUUAGUCUAUGUGUAGGUAUAAAUGAUGUCUGAUGGCAGAUUUCUGAAAUGUUAUUAGUAAAGUUUGUAUCCGCAUGUAUUCUUUUUAUAAAAAUUAAUAAUUGGUAUAAGAUUUGGUUUUUUAAAUCAAAUUUUGAAAUCAGAAAUCUGCCGCUGGACGCCCUAUACCUACUGUGAUGAUACUACGGUAAUCAGUGUUGGCCAAUUAACCAGUACAAAUUGAACCGUAAACUGUAACCAUCCGUUACGGUUUACGGUUCAAUUUGUACUGGUUAUUGGUUAAUUGCAAUUAACGUUCGGCCAACACUGACGGUAAUUUCCUAUUAGACCUGUUUUUUUCGCCAGCGUUCAAUUUAAUAAUUUAUGAAAAAUCUGAUAACUUCCAUGACUUCCAUCUGCUUGUUUCUUGAACUAAAAAGAACGCUGUAAAUUUUGCCAUAUUAGAGCUCAUAAACAAACACUAAUAUUAUGUUAACAAACAUCACAAUACAAUAAGAUGUACAUAAUAAAUGUUAUAUUAAAUUUAUGAUAGACUUACAGGCACAUGGAAAUGCUUUGAUUGUACUGAACGUGAACAUUAAACAUUUGA